GAGGCUGGGGGUUGUAGUUUAGGUGCGGAGUUUCAGCGUAAUUGUAUCUACGUGGUGAACAACAGCUCCCAUAAUUCCGCAGUGGAAGUGAAGCUGUCAUGCUUGUGUUUUGCUUUGGUUUUUUUGUUAUUGUUUCGGGUUAUUGGAGCAACUGAGCCCGAGGAGGAAAGCACGUCGGUGUCGCUCAUGUUUUUGUUGUUAUUUUCUCACGCAUUGUGACUGCUGUAUUUGAUAGAGAGACGGCUCGUUUAGACCGUUUACAGAGACGUGAGAGCGAUAAAGGUGCAAAAUAGCCUGCCUUUCUUUUGUGUUGCCAUGGAAAAGGCUUGGCGGGUGGAGUUCAGAAACGUGGGUAGCAGUUACUUCCCUCAGAGCAGAGUCGAGUGCCACUACACACUGAGCUCACAGCACAACUGGGCCAGCAAUGACUGGAUAGGUCUCUUUAAGGUGGGAUGGUCGUCAGUGAAGGACUACCACACGUUUGUUUGGGCACUGGCCCCGGCUGACUAUCAAGAGGGCACAGAUGUAAACUGCUGUGUGCACUUCCAGGCCUCCUACCUUCCCAAGCACAGCUCCCAAGACUAUGAGUUUGUAUACAUCGAUGCUAAGGGGGAAAUGUGCUCCUGCAGUUCCCAAUUCAGUUUCUGUGCUCCGAAGCCACUUGAGGAUCUGGUGACCGUUGAGGAGGGGCCCCAUGGAGAGGAAGGAGGCACAGGCAUGUUGCUGGUAGUGCCCAGGGCUGAACUGCUGCAGAGUCGACUGCAGGAAUGUCUGCGAGAGCGCGCUGAGCUGCUGCAGGCGCUGGAGGCGGCAAAACGGCAGGAGGAGAAAGAGAUGGAGGGGUACAAGAGGGCAAGGGAGGCCUGGGACAGACGACGUAAAGGGCUGGAAAGUGAUAUCAGCAGGCUGCAGGACGAGCUGAAGCAGAGUCAAGAGAAGGUCGAGGAGAUGGAGAUGGAGCAGAAGGAGGAGCAGGCUAUUGGAGAAUCACUAGCCCAGGAGAAAAGUGCUUUAUUGGAUGCGAGGGAGGCAAGCAAAGUGCGAAUCAAAGAGCUGGAGGAGGAUAUGAAAACCCUGACACAGAGAACUGUGGAAAGAGAGACUGAGUUGGAAAGUAACCAAAGCUGUGUGUCCAGGAUGAAGGAAAGAGCAAAGAGGGCAGGAGCUCAGAGAAAAGAAGAGGACAGUGAGAGAAAGAGCCUGCAGACCAAGCUGGAACAGACAGAAGGUGAACUCCGAAGUCUGUCAAAGGAGUUUCAGGUCCUGAGGAAUUCGCUGGCCCAGAGAGACACGAGUGUCCUGCAGCUCCAAAACAGCAUCACUACCCUCACCCAGAAACUCACCACUGCCCACAGGAAAGAGGCGGAGCACGAGGCCACACUAAAGGAGAUGAGGAGCCUGCGGGAGCGGCUGAACCUGAACGAGCGUGCUGCAGAGGGCUUGAAGAGUGAUCUAAGUGCCAUGGUGGCCCAGAGGGAUCACGGACAGGCCGAAUUGCAUCAGGCUCGUCUGCAAGCUGCCCAACUCACCCUUCAGCUUGCAGAUUCCAGUCUGGCCCUGAGAGAGGGAAGAGCCCGCUGGGCCCAGGAGAGGCAGAUUCUGCAGCGCACUGCUGAAAAGGACCACGAGCGUCUGGAGAAACUCAACGCCGAGAUGCAGAGAACGGAGGAGAGGCUGCAGGAGGAGAGGAUGGAGAGAGUGAAGCUGGAGGUCGAGCUUGGGAGAGAAAAGGAUUGCAACCGGGUUCAGCUGAGUGAAACCCGGAGGGAGCUCCAGGAGCUGAAGGCUAGCCUGAGGGUUGCCCAAAAAGAGAAGGAGCAGCUACUUGCAGAGAAACAGGAGUUGAUGGAGUACAUCUGUCAGCUGGAGCAGAAGAUGGGAACAGUGGUCAGUGCCAAGUGGAGCGCUGCCCCGAUUUCCUCCACAGGGCGGCCUGGCAGUGCAUUAUCUGAGGACGAGGACGAGAACCCCGAGGCUUUGCAGCCCCUCCGUCCACCAAGGCCUCUGGGUCAUUACAGCUUAUGUGAGCAGGGCCAGUCGGACUUCUUGCUCCUCGCCACCCCUCCUCCCUCCCCCAGGGAGGUGGAGAGGAGCGCGGUGGUCAUCAACCAGCCAGCCCCGCUCUCCUCGCCACACCAGGCCGACGCUGACACUCUGGCGCACAGCUCUGAUUCGGAGGAGGAAUCUGAUACACUUCAGUGUGGAAGGCACAGCUCUGCAGAGGAAACAGCACUUUUGCUGCCUGAGCACACGGACACUGUAAUCAGUGAUCUGGCCGACACCUCGCUAUGGUAACCAGUGAACACUCGGCGGGAGAUCAAAAAGAGGAGAAGGGGGUCUUUUUUUGGAGUUAAUGUGGGUCCACAUUACUUCCACUAACAAGCACAUAUACAGCUCACUCACGACACACACACACAAAAUGUUAAUAUGCAAUUUACAUCGUAUCUGCCGUGAACCUUGAUUUUCCCCUCGUAGACUGUCGUGUUAUUGCCUUUGCUGUUUUGUUGUUAGGGAUGACAUAAUGCUUGUGGUGGCAGGUCAGCACCAUCUUUAUGACUGACAUCAGACUGUUGCACAGUUUGAAACGGCGUGCUUUUAGGCUCUGCCGUUUGAGAGUUUGCAGGCUGUAGCAGAAUGCUUUCUGUUGAAUCAUUGCUAUGUCGAGGGCCUUACGAUGGAUGUUAUGUUGUUUUUAUGACAUUUGUGAUUAGGAGUCAUGACAGGUACUGUAAUCAUAAUGUUUUGUGCAGGCCCGGCUCUGCUGGAAAUCACGGCAAAAACUCUUCCAGCAUUAAAUUCUCCACAGCCGCUUUGAACUCCAUUCGCGGCAACAUAAAGUUAUGAUACAGCAUCCUGCUAGAAUUAUAUUGCAGUAAUGUAGGUCUAUGACAUCAUAUUUCUCCCCCAUUUACUCAGAAGUAAGAUUUGAUAUGCACUUUCUUGUCCACAUUAGAAGUUGAUUGUUGAUGCAGAUGCAGUUAGGGAGAGUUAGUGAUGCAGAGGCGCACAAGACGGUGAAGCAUUUGAAAUAGAAAGCUUAUUGAACAGAUUGUGUUUAAAAUCUAUGAAAUACAUGACAGAUGCAACUUUCUACUUCAGUACCUUUAUUUCAUCAUUAUUAUCAAAUUAAUGCUCAUAAGCUUUUCACUAUUUACCAGAUGCAGUUUUUACUUUGUAAUGACCAUGGAUUUCCUAAUUAUUGAAAAGAAUUUAAUAGCUGGCAAUUUGGAUAUUUAGUGUUUGUUACAGUUUGUAUUGUACAGAAAUGUCACAUUCAUGCAGUUUUAAAUCUGUGCCUAAAAUAAUUUUUAAAAAAGAAUCAAAGAAAAUCAGCUUUAUAGAUCCUGACAUCAUGACAUGGUGUUGGUAUUUUCCCCGAGCCCUACGGCAGUAUACUGCCUAAUAAAAAUAGCUGCCUACCUUUUAAUCAAUACUGUAUGCAUUUUUCAUGAUUUUCUAUUUAUAAUUAACUUGAGUUAUGCUGCAAUGAAACUAUAUUCAGGUUUAGUUUGAAAUAGGUGUUCAUUUUUUCACACACCCGUGAAAAAGUUUUCCAUGCUUGGCUAAGUAAAUUUGCUCGACACUUUGAUGCUUGAUGAUAUUAUCUGCUGUAUUUGCACCCUAUUUUUUACUAUAGAAGAGUUUUUAGAUGAAAAGUUGAUAUAUGGAUACUAUAAUAUGUCAGUUGUGUGUCCUUUCAUCAUUAUCUUAAUCAUUACCAUUGUGUGUUGUGUUUACCUAUAUUUUAUCUACACUUUUUCUUUUUACCUUCUUCUUUCAAAUACUCACUUUGACUCUAUAAAUAUUUGAUAUAUGAGUUAUAUUGUUGCAAGAUAUUGGUGCUAAUGAAAGGGAAUGAUACCGGCGAGUUUAAGGUGAAGGGAUGAUUGAUUUGAAUGUUUAAACAGGAUUAUGAAAGUAGUGAAAGAAGUAGAAAUGUGUGUCCAACGUCUUACUUACUUUGUGUACUCGUUGUUCUGGUGUUGCAGUGUUGAUUCUCUUUUUAUAGAAGUGGGAAUGUUUUGAGCAGCCUGGUGUUCUUUCCCAGAAGAUAGCGCACUACACUACAUGUAUUCUCCAUAGUCCUUGUUUGUGGUUGUAAUCUGACUUUAUGUCUAAGAGAAGUUCUUUUUUUGUUGUCCCACUGAGAGCUCGAGUACGAGUGCUGCUCAUCGGGACACCGUCUCCGGUUGCAAUAAAGCUCCAGUGGUUAUGGUUUGUUUUGAAGUUUUGUGUGUGAAGGUUACCCCACAUGUACACCGCUGUGUAUUUUCUUAUCAGUCAUGUACCGGGGUUUGGGUGGGGUUAUGUACAAUAAAAUGGUUUAUGUAUCCA